UGACCUCAAUUUUAUCAAUAGUUUGUUGUUCCUUGACAUUAUGUCAUGCGAUUUACUUACCAACCGUAUUUGGUACCAACGUUACCAAACUUUGACAGAAGUAGAACCAAAACCAACUUGUCUUGCCUUGGUGGUACCUAUUCAUACCUACCUAUUUGAUUGAAGUGACAAAUGAAAUUGUAAAAAUAUCGAUUUUUAGGUAUUUGUGGUGAAUUUGUCCUUUCUUGUGGGUUCGGUGCAGCUAAUGAUUAUUAGCUUUGAUAGUAAAUAAGUUGCCGUUUAAUUUCGUUUAAUUUUUAUUUUAUGAUGAUUGAAGGUCGAGCAAAUGAACUGCCAGACUUUCAGGUCUUUCAGACAGUAAUCAAAUAUUGUGUAGUGAUUAUUGUACUACCGGUGCUUGCAUUCUUUUCGUCGAAAAUUGUAUUCGAUGGAUUAGACUUAGCGCCGGUUACCAGCAGUGUUUAUUCUGCUGUUGUCGCAGUAUUAGUAUUGCAUUUCGCUCUAGGCUUGUAUAUAUAUCGAGCUUACGCAGAAGCGGAAGCGCCAAAGGCAACCAAAAAGGACUAAACAUUGAGAAUAUAAGAACACUACAAAAAUGGACAGUCUUUAUAUGAAAGGAGAGCUUUUGCAAGUUCACACUAAAAAUUAUGAAGUAAUUGAGGGUAGAUUUUAUGGCAUGGAUAGUGACAAGUCCAAAAUAUCCUUAUACAAUGUGAAAGAA